GAGGAGAGAGAGAGAGAGAGAGAGAGAGAGAGAAAUGAUGGAGAAGAUAAAAGAUGAUGAUAAUCAAAUCGUUGGAAAUGGUUCAUCUUAUUGUUUCGAGAAUCAUUUCAUUGGAAUAAUAAAAUCAAAGGAAUUGAGAAUAAGGUGAAUUGAAAAAGAAAACAGUUUCUCUCAAUUUCUAAUGUUUUUCUAUCAUUUAAAUUAUUAAUUAAUUUCUCUUCCUGUUAUCAUCAUCAUGUUAAUGUCUAUUGUCCAUCAUGUGAAAUUGAAAUUCAUCACGAUAAUCCUGUGAGAGACAAUCAACCAGCGACCAUUUUGUUUUAACUACCAAGUUUAUUAUGUUUUCCUUUAAUUGUAUCAACUUAUUAUCGUGUUGGUCAACAUAAAAUCAUUGGAAGGGGAAUAGUAAAAAUGGACUGGAUUCAUUUCAAUUUUCGAGAUUAACUCAAUUUAAUUGCAAUCGAAAUAAUCUCACCAUGAAUUGAAUUAUUCAGUAUUUUCUCUCGGUGUUUAUGUUUUUCUCCUUUAUUUUUAUUCUUUUCUAGGCCCUGGACCCAAAAUAUGCUCUUUUUGACUUCAUUAACCUUCUAUUCUCGAAGUGAACUAAACUGUGACCCUUAUUCACUAUUCGACUCGUUGAUUUUAUUGACAAUUAAUUCAUUUUCCAUCCAAUUAAAACAAUUGGUUACCAAGGUUUCGUCGGUGAUGAAGUCUCGUUUCUCUUCAAGUUCAGGAUUUAAUCUUAUUCAUUUGAUUAUCUUCUCGGUAGAUCGACAAUCAACUAAUCAUCUAAUUAAUAUAAAUAAUCUUCCCAUCAAAUAUUAUCUUUACAAUUUUCACCAAUUAACAGCAAUGAUCUCGUUUGUGUUCCCAUUUCUUGGACUAAUAAUCAUUGGUCAUUCAGUCAUCACCACCUAUGGUCAUCCAUGUGGGGCUGAAGCGGCCGAGGACACAAUCGAUGCCUUCUUGGAGCAACCGUUAUUUAGCACAGUUAAGGUUUGGCAUCUUGUUAUGAUCCUCAUGUUGAUCGGCAUAAUCGCUACGAUUGUGGCCUGUUGCAUAAUGCGAUGCCGAAUACCUCGAACUAAGCAAGAGAUUGAAGCGGAUGCGAUUCGAAAGAAGGUAACUAAACAAUUUCGAGCUCAUUUGAACAAAAUACCCAUCGAAGGAAUGGAACUAAUAGGAGUGCUCAACGAAGUCAAAGAUUACGAAGAGGAGAGAAUACAAAAAGGAACAAUCGAAGAAAAGAAAACUCUAAUGAAGAGAUUAAAGGCACUUUUCUCAUCGGAUAAACAAGAUUCUAUGGAAAGAUCAGUUUCUAAGGACGAAGGCGACAUCGAAGAUAAUAAAGAUGACCAAGGUGAAGAAAUGAACGAAAAAUCGGCUUCAACUAAUCCGAAAUUAAUCAACACCAUUGUUUCAAUUACUUCGGACGUCGAUCAGAUCACAGUGUCCAGUCCAACUUUAUCAUCUAAGGAAAAAUAUUGACCAUAUGAUUAGUGUUACAACUUUCAAAUUGAUUGAUAACAAUCAAAGUUAAUCAAAGUGACUUGAUUUUUAUCAAUUUUGUGAACCAUUUAAAGUGCAAAACGCAAACAUUGAGUGUUUAUCAAAGCUAAUUAAUGGAUCCAUUGUGAUUAAUCAACAAUUAAGCCUUUUCCUUUUCUUACCAAUAAAUUAUUACUUCAUUUUUCAACAA